AUGGACCAUUGGUAUCAGAGCCAGGAUAACUCCAUGGCUGAUGGAACUCGUCUGUCUCAACUUUUGGAGGCACUUUCUCAAUUGCAAGCCGAGAAUGCUUCCAUUCGUGAGAGCCAGAACCAAUUAUCCCAUGCCCAAAACAAACAGCAGCAAUUGUUGGAAGAAAUUAUUCAACAAGUCGCGAGUUUAGCCACCAGUUACAAUACCUUAACCCUAGCCUUGACCCACCAACCCAACCCCUCAACGCCCAAUCCCCAUGAACCUUUCUGA